CCCCCCCGAAAGAAAGCGUGUCAACAGUGUACAAACGCAAAGACUAGAUGCGAUCUUCAAAGACCGACUUGCUCCAGGUGUCAACUGCGAGGACUUGAUUGUCGUUACGCCGCUCAGCCGGAGCUAUACGGCGAAGGGAGCGCGCCCAGUAGCCGCGUCAAUUAUAGCAUUUCUGCAGAACGCUCCAGUAUUGUCGUCCAAAGUGCUGCCUCGUCGUCAACUUCGCACAUUAGCAAUAGCAAUAGCACGCAAGGGCAGCCAGGACCAAUAUUCCCUCCGAUUUCCUUUGACCUCGACGAGGGAUUAAUACAGGGGAAUAUGUCCGCCAUGUCUCCGGCAUAUGAUCCUUUCCGUCCGUCUUCACCAGUCGCAAGUGGGAGCUACUCGACACCCACUGUCACACCUCCAUCAACCCUGGACACAGACUUGGUGUCUUCAGUUGACCCAUCCCGGAUCCGGAGCCGCUGGCUGGACCAGAUUCUCGCCUCUCCUGAUCAGAGGCCUAAGCAUCUCUCAGAGCUCGCUGUUAGCUAUAUGUCCCAGGUGCUCAAGACGUAUCCCAAGAUGAUGCUCCGUCAAGGAGGUCUUCCACCUUUGAUACAUCAUUCCCAAGCGGAAGGCGAGCGGAUACCUGUGCCUUUGGCGAAUUGUCUCAGUCUAGUCCGCAUGUGGGAGAAUAGGGCUCCCGGCAGCGAGAUGAUUGCCAUACAGACGAUAAAGUGGGAAAUGGAGAGACUCUUCCGAGAAGUUAGUUCCUUUUAUGGAACGUAUGAGCAGAUGGAGUUGUUGGCCGCAUUUCAAGCAUACUUGAUCUAUUCUAUCAUGUUAUUUUUCUCGUCUAGCGAAGAUGGAAAAUCUGUAACCGACCGAACCGUUAUGAUCAACCUCCAGGAACUGGCUUGUCGGGUUGCCCAAACAGGACUCGUGUGCGCAGCCGAGCUUUCGCACUGUAGACCGAGGUGGGAGUCAUGGAUCGUUGCGUCCGCGAAGCGGCGCACACUGUAUAUCAUGUACUUCCUUGACAACGUCUACUGCACUCUGAACCACAUCCCUUGCCACAUAGCGGAGGAACUAGGAAGUCUUCUGGCCCCCGCUAGCAAGGCUCUCUGGGAGGCCCGGACAAAGGAAAAAUGGGAGAGAGAGUAUGACAUCCACCUCGCUGCCUGGAAUGGUGGCGGGCUGAGAAUAGGCGAGUUGUGGGCAUCACGGGAGAGGGGAACUGCUACGCAGCAAGAAAGAAUCCAGAGAUGGCUUGAGAGCGUGGAUGAAUAUGGUAUGAUGUACUUCUCAGUAAGUGCUAUGAUUCAUGGUCUUUAA